AUGGGGCAGCUGUGCAACAAGAUGAAGGCAUGUCCCUAUUUUGAAGAUCUCCGACAAUACUACAAAUCCACUAGGACCAGAAGUAAAAGAUGCUGCUCUAAAGGAAUGACUCAAGUAUCAAGAGAACUGAAGGAUUGGAAGUUUUACAGAGAUGGUCCUCUGCGGCUGGGGACUGCUGAGCUGUGGAGGAAGCGAGAGGCCAACACUGUACAGGAGAUAGGACAGCAUGCCUCUCUUUGUUGCUGCCCUUGGGCUGAGCUGCUCCACGGCUGGGUGCGGCACUGCAGAAGCUCUUAUGAGACUACUUGGAGGCCCUAUAGGCCAAGCGACUCUGCGUCCGAGAGGGUCCGAACUGAAAGCUAG